GUUUAUAAUAAAUAUAGACAUCUGCGUAUGUACGUAGAUUUUCCUGAACGUCUGUUAACAACUUCACUUGAUAGGGAAACACUAUGGCGUGGUUAUGUACUAUUCUAGGUUCAGCGUUAUGCACUUUAUGCAUAACUUUGGUGGCUUCCCAACUUCUUCCUCGAGACGAUGGCGAUGUUACUAUUGCUUGUCGAGUUUUUCAGCGUCAAGAGAUGCAGGGUUUGAAAGGUACGAUUAGGUCUCCAUCUGAUUCAAAUUUAAACAAUUAUCCUAGAAAUUCCAGGUGUGAAUGGGGGUUUUCGAAGGUCGGACCUAAUCAGUUUGUAUCCUUUCGUUUUGUGAAUAUGAGAAUCGAGUUGACUCCUAUGUGUAAUAAGGACUUUGUUGCUAUUAAAAAAUGGAAUAGCGUAGUGAGAAAGUUCUGUGGAAAUGAUGCUCCUUCAAAAUUCACGCUGUCCAGUGGUUCGUCUAUUUCCAUUGAAUUUCGAAGCGACGAUAUCUUCGAAUUUUCUGGUUUCGAGUUAGAGUACGAGGUGUUAAAUGUCGAUCCGACCUGCUCGAAAGAAGAUUUGCGGUGUCUUAAUGACAGAUGUGUCCCCAGGUCACAGAUGUGUGACAAAGUUGAUCAAUGCGGCGACGGAACUGACGAGCAGUCUUGCGGUUUUAAGAGAAUAGAUCCGGAUGUUUGUGGGUAUACUCCAAUCCCACCUGUUAUUGGAAAUGGAGACAGAAUUAUUGGAGGACAGGAAGCUAUCCAAGGCAGUUGGCCUUGGCAGGUCAGCUUGCAAGAAACAGGGACUUACCCCGAAGGACACUUCUGUGGAGGGGUUUUGAUCAACACGAUGUGGAUACUUACAGCAGGACACUGUGUCGCUAACAGAGGGAAAACUAGCUUUAAACUUAUCUUUGGAAAGCAUCACCGUUGGGAAAAAGAUCCUGAAGAAGUUGUUCGUUAUCCAAAACACAUAUGUGUCAACCGUGGUUUUAAUGGUGUGUACUUAUUGAAUGAUAUAGCUCUUGUGCAACUGAACGCACCGGUGUAUUACUCAGAUGUUAUCCAACCUGUCUGUCUGCCAGAGAAGGACGAAGAACUACAACCAGGAACGUUUGUUCAUUCAACAGGCUGGGGGUCGACUUUUGGAACUGGACAUUUUGAAGUGCUAAAACAGGUGAUGGUUCCAGUUAUUAGCUGGAAUAAGUGUCAAAAUUACAAACUUAUACUUCCACUGAAUAAGAACUCCAUCUGUACUGGUUAUGAAACUGGUGGAUUUAACACCUGUUUUGGAGACAGUGGCGGUCCCCUGGUGGUACCUAAGAACAAAAUGUGGAAUCUAUAUGGCACAGUGUCUUGGGGACCGAGAUCGUGCGGAGUCAAACAACACCCGGCAAUUUUUGCGAAAGUAUCUGCCUAUGUUGACUGGAUUAAGCAGGUAAUGGAAGAUGUAGAAGCUGGACGUAUAGCUUACUGUAGAGCAUGAAUUAUAAGGGAUGAAUUGAAAUAAAACUAACAUCGAUGCUAAA